UAGUCUGCAUAACUAAAUACAAGGGUAAAAAAAAUAACUUUGGGGAGAUUGGAACACUGCCAGCUUUCCUGGGUAACUGGACAUUGUGUGGAGCUGGAAGGGUGUAUUUUAAAAGGAGGGAAGCAGAAUAGAACAGCUUAAGAAUCUUGGCUCAGCCUGGGCAUAUUUCCUCCUAACUCUGGCUAAACCUCAGCACGAACGGCUGGACGGAGGAGUCGAUGUGAAGCUGGGGAGGGAGGCUGCAGGGCUCUCCACCAGGACUACGGCAGAGCUUGGAGAGGCUGAAACCAUGCUUUUCCUUUGGGCACUGGCGUUUAUUUUAGUCCUGCAGGAGCAAGAUCUUUUAGCUGCUGCAGACCCUGUCAGUGUGUUACCUGGAAGUUUGGGAAGAGGAAGCUGGUGUAAUGAACAUGAUACGGUCCAAAAACGCUUAGAUAUUAUUGAAGAGAAGGUAAUAAAAACAGUGGAGCAUCUAGAAUCAGAAGUCAAAUCACUCCUCAACAUCAUCAGUGAGACAACAUCGAAUAUCCCCAUUGCUCCAGGAACCCCACUUACAGAUAUAUUUGAUGCUCUUUUCUAUACAGAUACCAGCUGAGCACUGCAAAGACACAAGACAGCUGAAUGUAACACCGGCUGUCAUAAACAGUUGCACUUUUGUUCAUUUAAUAAGCUCGUGUUUCCAGAAUUUGAGCAGGGAUGAAGAAUCCUCAGCUGUAGUUUGCCUUUUGUGUUCCUGUGCUUUAUAAUAAACACGUAUUUGCUUUCA